UUUUCUCCCCUGGUUGCGUAUAAAAAAAAUGUUUCUCAACAGAGAGGAAGCAACAAUAGUGUGGAGGAGAUGGGUUCGACCGGGAAUCAAGAACUGUCUGAACAGAGGAAGCCGAGGUUUCUAUGUCUUCACGGCUUCAGAACAAGUGGUGAAAUCAUGAAGAAACAGAUUCACAAAUGGCCUCAAUCGGUUCUAGAGAAGAUGGAUCUGAUCUACCUUGAUGCCCCUUUCCCUGCUGAAGGUAAAUCAGACGUGGAAGGCAUCUUCGAUCCUCCCUAUUACGAGUGGUUCCAAUUUGACAAAGAAUUUGUAGAGUACAGGAACUUCGAUGAGUGUCUUGCUUACAUCGAAGAGUGCUUCAUCAAGUACGGACCUAUCGAUGGUCUCAUGGGUUUCUCUCAGGGAGCAAUUCUCUCCGCUGCGUUGCCGGGUCUCCAGGCGAAGGGAUUAGCUCUGAAGAGUGUUCCGAAAAUAAAGUUUCUGAUUAUAAUUGGAGGAGCUAAGUUCAAGUCGGCUGCAGUAGCAGAGAAGGCAUAUUCGUCUCUCAUUGAGUGUCCUUCCCUCCACUUUCUUGGUGAGACGGACUUCCUAAAGCCACAUGGGAUCACACUCUUGGACUCAUUCGUCAACCCUAUAGUGAUUCAUCACCCCAAAGGCCACACAGUACCCAGGCUUGAUGAGAAGAGCUUGGAAUUGAUGUGGGCUUCCUCGAAAGCAUUCAACACAAGUUGUCUGUCGAUGUAUCUUCUUCCAAACAAGAAGAGGACAGCAGUUUCAUUCAAUAUUAAGGGGGAAAUGAUUCCUGUUCAGGAGCAUAGCCUCUCCUAG